GUACAAUACACUGCUGUAGCUCAUCAUUUCAGAUACUUGAGUCUGGAACUGCAAACUUUGCCAACAUCACAGCAGCUCAGAAAUCCCCACUAGCUAAAUUGCUCUUCAGAAUUGAAGGUGUCCAAGGAGUGUUCUUUUCAACAGACUUCAUCACUUUAACUAAGGAUGACGAGGAAGCAGAGUGGCGGACUAUUAAACCAGAAGCCUUCGCUGUCAUCAUGGACUUCUUUGCCUCGGGUCUUCCAGUUAUACAUCAAGUUGACCAAAGAGAGAAUGACCAUGCUGGGUGCGACGACGAAGACGACGAGACGGUGGCCAUGAUUAAGGAACUUCUUGACACACGGAUUAGACCCACCGUACAGGAAGAUGGCGGCGAUAUUCUCUUCCGGGGAUUUGACGACGGAAUAGUCUAUCUUAAGAUGAUGGGUUCAUGUACAGGCUGCCCCUCAUCAGUUGUUACAUUGAAAAAUGGUGUACAGAAUAUGCUUCAGUUUUACAUCCCAGAGGUGGCUGAGGUUGUGGAGGUUAAAGAUGUAGAAGAUGAUCUUAUUGAGGAAGAGUUCAACAAGUUUGAGAAGGAGCUUAAUUCAGAGCAGACCAAGUCAAAAUAAGAGCUGUAGGGUGUUAGAUAUUGUCUCCCUUAGCAUUAGUGGUUUCUUCACAUUAUACAGUAUGUAUAUGGCAGAGUAGAUAGUUGCUGUUUUGUUUUAUGUAACAGCAACUAAUAACUUCAUAUCCUCUCAAAAAAACCACAAUAUGUUAGAGGAAAGGUUUUAUUGAGGUCUUUUUUCUCAAUCAAAUGUAGUUUUUAUCCCUAAAACAGUAGUACAGUAAAUUGUCUCACUGUAUUUAAACCAUGGAGUAAGAGAGAUGACCUAGUCCUUCU